GCCAGAGGUCGCUCGAUCGCUUACUUCAAUAUACGUCACUAAGCGACUUCCUUUCUCUACAAAACCAAAAUGUCUAAAAGAGGACGUGGUGGUUCCGCGGGAGCCAAAUUCCGGAUAUCACUGGGUUUACCAGUUGGAGCUGUAAUAAAUUGCGCUGAUAAUACAGGAGCAAAAAAUCUGUAUGUAAUUGCAGUACAAGGUGUUGGUGGUCGUUUAAAUCGGCUUCCAACUGCUGGUUCUGGUGACAUGUUUGUCGCGACGGUUAAAAAGGGUAAGCCAGAACUUCGUAAGAAGGUAAUGCCUGCGGUUGUGAUCAGGCAAAGGAAACCUUUCCGAAGGAAGGAUGGCGUUUUCAUUUAUUUUGAAGACAACGCUGGUGUCAUUGUGAAUAACAAGGGGGAGAUGAAGGGUUCUGCUAUCACGGGGCCUGUUGCGAAAGAAUGUGCUGAUUUGUGGCCGAGGAUUGCCUCAAAUGCUAGUAGUAUCGCAUAAGUCUUUGUUCUUGUAUUUAUAAAAGUUUAAAAAACGGGAAUAGUCGAAAUAAAGAGGUUAUUCUUGAAAAUUU